AUGCCUACUCUAACUAGUUAUUUUGGUUUUUUACUAGCUGCUUUAACUAUAACCUCAGCUUUAUUUAUUGGUCUGAGCAAGAUACGACUUAUUUGA